AUGGUAACUGCUUCUGAUCAAAUGCUGGUACUAGCUUCAGCACCACCGAUAACUACAAAGACUAGUACGCCGCUGAUUUUUCUUGAUUUUCCACCUGAACUAUGGGUUGAUGGAAAGAGAAUGUAUGGAGUUGAAGUCACGUGA